AACCUUCGGAAUAACUCAUACUUCGGCGAUGUCAAUCAUAAGGAAUCUGGUGUUGAUGGUUCUGAUUCUUGCUGCAGUUGGGAUUUAUUUUGUUUUCGUGAUCCAUUUGCGCAACGUCAAUUUAACACUGUCAAGCACAUCUCAUGGAAAGAGGUUGCCUAAAAGUCGUCGUGUCAUAGUGCUUAUUUCACAGCCUCGAUCUGGCUCCACUUUUCUCGGGAGAGUUAUCAACAUGUAUGAGGAAAUGUUGUACGUAUAUGAGCCUCUUCAAGCUGUCUUGAAACUGAAUAAAGUGACAAAUAAAUCAACUGAAGCAACCAAAAUGUACACAGAGGUAGCUACAUCGUUUUUAAAAGAACUUUUCGGCUGUAAAUUUUCAUCAACAAAAGAGGAUUGGUUGCGUAAAGUUUUCAGUUCACCAAUGAAUUUUGAAAGUUCUUUCUCCCAGCUCUGCCGAACAAUAACCGUUAAAAAUGCGCGAUUGUGCAGCGAACCAAAAACAACAAUCUUCCACAGCCUGUGUAGAAAGUGUAAAACGUUAUUUGUGAAGUUACUGGAACAUCGUCUCCCGACACCGACAGACCAGCUUUUCCAAAUAACUCCUGCAACAACAGAGAUGCAUGUGGUAUAUUUGACGAGAGACCCAAGAGCGUCCUUCUGGUCGUUUUUAAAUAAAGGUUGGGUGAGUGACAGGCUUGAGGGAUAUUUCGAGAACUAUAUAUCUGAGAGGUGCCGAGAAUCACUCCUAAACAUAAGGCGAAUUGCUGUAGGAAAAAGAAAAAUAAUCAUUUUGCGGUAUGAGGAUUUUCUGCAUUCUCCUUUAGCCAUGGUAAGGAAAUUAUCAAACUUUCUUGGAGAGCAAAUGAACUUGGAAUUUCAAGAAAAUUACUUGCAGUUAAUUCACAAAGAUGAACGGCGCUGCUCAAAAAACGGAACAUAUAUAAACCCGACUUUAACAAGACCUAACUGGCGCACUGAAGCAAAUUCAAAUUUUGUACGCAUUGUUGAAAAGCAUUGCAAAGAAGUUAUGGAUAUUCUUGGGUAUAGAAACGUGAAAAAUACGGUGUAUAGCAAUUGUAAUAAUAAAUACCUCGUGGAGUUAGAGGAUGUUCCUUUGCUCGCACGAUUCAAUUACAAAGAAGAUAUCUAUUGAUUUGUUUGUUUUGAAUGUACUUUUUCAGAAAUCAUAAACCAUUCGUAGUUGCAAAGUGAUGACGUCAUACUAAUAUGUUUAAUGAACUUUUGAUUUUGGUCAAAUUAGUAGACAGGUUCGUCCCUAGCUAUUAUGAUCAGGGUAGGGGACGGGGAUGCUCCGACCCUAUUUCCUGACAAAAUUGGUGAACCAUAUUGCGUAUGAAACAACCUGUACUGUAAAGGAAAUUAUUGCUAACUCAAAAAUGCGCCUAUUCCAUUAAUUUGGUAAACUCGUGUCACCAUUCAAUAAAAUUUGCAACAGGGCUUUAUUUAGGGUCGCAAUAGAGUGUACAUUCCAGCGAGGAGCUCAGUUCUUUGAACCCAGAAAAAGGGCAAAGCAGCAUAAAGUGCUCCGUAUCCUCAAUCUAGGGCACAUCUGGUUUGUUGUGUCUCUAAAGUUGUGUUGAAAUUUGUUAAAAUUUUGCUCGCUUUGGCUAACUCUGAGCUGAGGCCCUUCGGAUCAUGAAUCCCAAAUACAGAUUUUUUGGAAGGGCGUAUCAUGGUUAGGCAUCUACCACGUCUUUGGAGGCUUAGAGAUUCCCACCCGAGAUCAAGGUACAGCUUAUCUCGAGAAGUCUCCCUCCAAGCUCCCGUUACAGUUAAGCUGAGAAGCAUAGAACAGCUUCUAGCUUCUCCAUUAAACUUGAAACAGUCAUACUAACAGUAGAGUCACAUAUUUUUGGUAGAUUAUGGUAAAUUACAUCUCUGUAACCUAAGAGGGAUCGAAUAUAGAGCUUGUUUUGUUCAUUUAAA